CACCGCGCGCAACACGCACACACCUCCUCCCGUAUAAACGCCGUCAUCUCCCAGUAAACGGGCUUUCGCAGUGUAGCGGUGAACACAAACCAUACCCUCCCUCUCUCUCUGUACUCUCAUGAGCGACGCUGUCACUGACGCUCAGACGCGCUCGAGCACACGGUUCGGUUCGGACAUGAUACCGGCGCGCACCCGGAGAUGAGGCUCAGAAAUGGCACCUUCCUAACAGUCUUACUAUUCGGGUUAUGUGGGCUCAUAUCGUUAUCGUGGUACACCGCAUUCAGCAAUUCAAAAGGCAAUGUGGUAGACAUUUACCAGAGGGAAUUUCUGGCCCUUAGAGACCGUCUCCACUCCGCCGAACAAGAAAACCUCAAACGCUCCAAAGAGCUCAACCUGGUGCUCGAUGAGAUCAAGCGAGCCAUUGCUGAGAAACAAGCACUGCGGGACAUCAAUCGUACCUGGAGCAGUCUGUCAGAUGAGACUAAGCUGAAGUUGUGGAACGUGACCAGCAGUAAGAAUGUUCUUCAGCUGCCCAGCAUCUUCCACCAUCUGCCACACCUGCUUGCCAAGGAGACAAGCCUUCAACCAGCCGUACACGUUGGCCAGGGACGCACCGGAGUGUCGAUAGUGAUGGGUGUGCCCAGUGUGAAGAGAGAGGUUCAUUCCUACCUGACGGACACGUUGAGCUCGCUGAUGUCCGAGUUGAGUCCGGCUGAGAAAGAGGACUGUGUCAUCGUUGUCUUCAUUGCAGAGACAGAUCAACAAUAUGCAAAUAGCGUCGCUGACAACCUUAAGCGCCUCUUUCCAGGGGAGAUUCAGUCCGGUCUGCUGGAGGUAAUCUCUCCUUCAAUCCAUUUCUAUCCGGACUUCUCUCAUCUCAAAGAGUCAUUCGGUGACCCUAAAGAACGUGUCAGGUGGCGAACAAAGCAAAAUUUGGAUUACUGCUUCUUGAUGAUGUACGCCCAGACCAAAGGGACAUAUUAUGUGCAGCUAGAGGAUGACAUUGUCGCACGGCCAAAUUAUUUCACUACGAUGAAGAAUUUUGCCCUGCAGCAGCCGUCAGAGGAGUGGAUGAUUCUUGAGUUCUCCCAGCUGGGCUUCAUCGGUAAAAUGUUCAAAUCCUUGGACUUGCCACUGAUUGUGGAGUUUAUGCUAAUGUUUUACAAAGACAAGCCCAUUGAUUGGCUACUGGACCACAUCAUGUGGGUGAAGGUGUGCAACCCAGAAAAAGAUGCAAAACAUUGUGACAGGCAGAAAGCAAACCUGCGCAUUCGCUUUAAACCGUCUCUCUUUCAACACGUGGGAACACACUCUUCCCUCGCUGGAAAGAUCCAGAAACUCAAGGAUAAGGACUUUGGAAAGCAGACACUACAUAAAGGCCAUGCGAACCCUUUAGCCGAGGUCACCACCAGUCUGAAAACAUAUCAGCACUUCACGCUGGAGAAGGCCUACCUGGGAGAGGAUUUCUUCUGGGCUUUCACGCCUGUGGCUGGGGACUUCAUACGCAUUCGAUUCUUUACACCUGUCCGUGUAGAGAGGUAUUUCUUCCGCAGUGGAAACAUCGAGCACCCUGGAGACAAGCUUUUCAACACAACAGUGGAGGUUCUUCCAUUCGAUAAUAUUCAGUCUGAGAAAGAAGCAUUAAAAGAGGGACGAGAGAAGACACCAAAGUACCAGCGCACAGAAGACGGCUUUAUCAGAAUAGGGAAGUUUGAGAACGGUAUAGCUGAGGGGGAGGUGGACGCUUCUUUCGGUCCGCUGGAGGCUCUGCGGCUCUCGGUACUGACAGAUUCUCCUGUGUGGGUGAUUCUCAGCGAGAUUUUCAUCAAGAAAGCCGAGUGAUGGACGUUCACCAAUACCUCUUGACUUCAGCGGGCUCACUGAUGCAGCAUGGAGUCUGUUCAGACAUGAGCUCCAGCCAUGAGUUUCUUUAGCUUGGUCCAAUAGUGCCACUUGCUGGCGACAAGCUGUUAUAGCAGGGUAAAGGAUGCCAGCUAUUGGCUGAACGUGAGCUGUCGCACAAAGACGAACGGCUCGUGCGGUCAUAAGACGCACAGCUGAGGUUGACUGACUGACGCUGUGUUUUGUAAACUGUAUUUAUAUGUAUAUAUGCCCAUGGGUGGGUUUAUGUUAUUACACUGGUGAUAUUGUCAGGGGCUUCCUGGACGGUUGUGCCCAACUUUGACAUUCAACUAAUGCUGCUUUUCAAGGACUCUCUUCUUAAUUUCCUACUCCAGAUACAAUUUUCAAAGUUCAAUUUGUGUUGGUAAUUCGUUGACGAAUAAUUCUGUUCGGACUAUUGGGAAUAUUGUAUAUUUAUUGUAUUUAUUACGAUACAUUCGAAAGUACACGCGGGCAAACGUGUGGGGUUUUUUUGUGCACAGGCCUAGCGUGUCAUCCAAAGUCGGUCCAAAUGAUUAGUUAUAAUGAAAGAGUUCAGAUUUAUUGUAUGUAGAUUAUGCUGCAAAUAUGUUUCUUCUGAAAAACUGAAAGUUUGCUGGAGUUUUCUUGUGAUAAUUAAAAUACAACAAACACAAGGAAA